AUGUCUAACGUAGAAUAUAGUCACCUUCUUUUUGAGAUAAGCCAACGACUCGAUCUACUAGACCAACAUGAACAUUUACUCUUCAUGUGUAGAAGGUAUUUAGCGUCUAGACCUGAAGACAUUCCCGAUGCACUUUCGCUCUUUCGAGAGCUAGAAGAACAAAAUAAUUUGGCCAUUGAUCAGGUUGAACUAUUGAAAGAGCUGCUAAAAGGGUUCGGAGAAUGGUCGUCGUUUCAGAAAGUGGAAACGUUCGAGUACAAAAGGAAAGAUUAUAAAGAAUUGCUUGAACAGAUCAGCCGUGCUCUCGACGAAAGCAAUCAACUGCAGCAGCUUAUUUCUGUCUGCACCGCGAAGGAAACGUUGGACGAAAAUGAAAGAAACACUCAAACUGCUCGAAUUUUGUUCGAAAAACUUGAAAGCCGAGGACUUUUUGAGUUUGGUCGUCUUGAUUUCUUGAAAGGGAUUUUAUUGGGAAUUGAGAGACAAGAUCUGGUGAGGAAAGUUCAGGAUUUCGAGAAGCGACGAAUUGACGAGGAUGAAUUUGAAAGAAGGAAAGCGCAAGCCCGUAGCAUUGUUGCGGCAGCCAGGGUUGUUGGUGGAAGAGUAAUCGGAGUACUGAACAUGAAGACAGUGUUUGGAGUGGCAGCAGCGGGAAUAACCUUACUCACUGUCCGUGAGAUUUUGACUCGAUGGUCAACUUAUGAUCAGUUAGUCACCUGCUUCCAGGGUUGUGUGCUUCCUGCUGGUUCAAGAUUGAUUGAAGUGAGUCAAGGGUGCGUAUGCUUUACAAUUCAGGUCGACAAUCUCACGGGGCUCACUGCUUUGUGGAACAUGUACGAGGAUGGCACGCUCAGGGAACGUUUAUUUAAAUUUUUUGUGACCGAUGAAAUGAAGACCCGUGCCGGUGGUGAAGAGAAUGUGGAAUUGACUGUGACGAUUGAAAAAGCAGAAUACGAGAAAGCUUACUUUGAGCUUGUUCAAGAAGCUGACGGUAACCAGAAGCGACCUCCGGAACGAGGUGUUCGUAGGCACUCCGACUCAGUGUUAUCUCUCCCACCCAGAACAGCUGAAAAUUCUCUGAUAACAAUAGCACAACUUAAGAACCAAGUCAAGUCUCUGGAGGAAAGAAUAGAAGCUGUAGAGACUCAAAUGGUUCCAUUUGAGAAAGGUCCUGCGAAGGUGCCAGGAAGAAAAUGUGAACACUCUGAUUCAGUGAUAUCAACAACGCCGAACGAGGAUGAAACAUUGCAAGUAAAAGUGAAAAGACUCGAGAAUGAUGUCCAACUCCUAAAGGAGAGAGCGGAGAGUCAAGAGAAACAAAUGACUAGACUUUCACGUGAGUUUUUUGGGACAAGGAUGGCCACGGAAAUAAUUCCAGCAGAGGAAGGUAACUAA